AUGGCGGUUUCCUUGCUCUGUGUAUGGACCCAACCUGCAACUAAGUUCCGUCUGUGGGGAAUGGCAGUCACGUGGCCUUGUGAAUCCUCGACUUGUGACGUCAUAAAAGAUUUUCCCGAAAGUACCGGCAAAGAAAAAGACGAACCGGCACCUCAAACGCUCUCGGUUAUAUAUAGUACCUGUUCAUCCACACGCUGCCUGAGUUGUAUCCUAUCCAUAGCAACACUGCAACUAAGAUUCCCGACUUCUACGAGAUCAACGAAGAUGACACAGACCUGCAACCUCUUCUGCACGUGCCAUGUUGACGACCUUCCUUGCUAUCAAUGUGUCUACCUUGAUUGCACCGUUGUAAGGCCCGGGGAUGACUGGGCGCCUCAGCCGUCUGCUCCUGAGCUGGGUGGACCGUCUCGGUUUUCCCUUUCGGCAGCUCAGAGAGAUAGGACCGGUCAAUCCCACAUCUUCAGCGUCUACAGGUGGAUCCUUCGAGGGAUUCCGUCCUGGCAAGACUAAGAAGGACGUGGGAAGCGAAGCCCCUGGUCGUGUCAGCCUACCUAAAGCAGGACAUUCUCCUUCUCAUAAUCGUCCUUCUCUUCCUCCUCCUCAUCCUCUCGCUCGCCCAUUUACCCUUCCCUCUUGCCCUCGAGGAAAAGACGAGUCGGAGGACGACCGCAGACCUAAAUCUUCGCGAUAUAGUCAACGAGAAACCAGCGUCAUGCGGAACCGAAAUGCCAGGUACGAGGCCCAGUGGGAAGACCUCGCGAAGACGAUGGCGUCUCUCGCGGGAGUACAGUGACGAACAAAAGUCGUGGCGUGAACUGGAAGCUUCGAAUCUGCCUCACCCUGUACCAAAUGGGGAAGGCAAGAUCAAGUAGCAACUGGAGGAGGAGGUCAUGGCGUGAACUGGAAGCUUCGAAUCUGCCUCACCCUGUACCAAAUGGGGAAGGCAAGAUCAGUAGCAACUGGAGGAGGAGGUGUCAUGGCGUGAACUGGAAGCUUCGAAUCUGCCUCACCCUGUACCAAAUGGGGAAGGCAAGAUCAGCAGCAACUGAG